ACGGCUCUCAGCAAAGCAACAAGAAGGAAGAGCAAUGGCGACACUGGAUCGCCAAAUACCAAGUCCGGAUACCUUCCUUUGCGAGCCUUGGUCUUCCUUCGUCAGUGCGGCUAAAUUACGUUUUGUUGACAACGCAGACUCGUCCUCGGAUAACAGCGGCAAAGAGCUUUACUGCCUCGGUGGAGCCGUGAAGCUCAGCAAAGAAGAGAUGUUUGUCUACAACCAGUUUCCAGCACUGGAGGAUUUUUCUCUUGUUGUCUGCCAUGUCUGCAAUAAGGUGGUCACUCCUCAGGGCAUACUCACACACUAUGAGAAGCGCCACGGCUCCCCCAUCCCUUCCAGGAGCCCCCUGGUCCCCAUGAAGCCCAAAGCACCUGCAGUGGCCCCCGCUGUGGCUCCCAGUCCUGGGGACACGCUGGCCUUCAGGGUCCCUAAAGAUUACCCUCACUCUCGCUUCAGCAAGGCACCACUUGCUGUCUAUCCACCAAAGGGGGCACGGAACAAGACAUGCGUAUCACUUCCAGUCGUAAGCCUGGAAAAGAUGCCCUGCCUCAGCCGAGCCGACUCGGGUUCGCACGUGCGCCUCACAGCCUCCUCCUCCGCUCCCUCCUCCUCCCCUUCCUCCCUCAAACCUCCAUCCCUCACUCCCCCUGCCUCCCAACGCUCCAGCGAAAAACUUGCGAACGGUCGCGGCAGCAGCGGGCCGUCCACCCCGUGCUCCACCACGCCUCCAUCGUCUCUGGACGGGCGGCCCAGUCCGGCGCGCUCUCCCCUGGACAGACGGCCGUCAUCCACACCCUCUCCUUCCCCGCUGGACCGGAAGCCCUCCCCGUCACCUUCACCUUCUCACCGAUCUGGCGCUAUGCCAUCAUCAUCAUUGUUGUCGCCACCGUUGGAAAAGAAGCAUCAGAAUGGGACUAAGACUUCCUCCAGGUCACACAAAAGACUCUCAGGGAGAGUGUUUGAUCCUAACAAGCACUGUGGAGUCCAGGACCCAGAGACUAAACGGCCCUGCACACGCUCUCUCACCUGCAAGACUCACUCCUUAACCCACCGCAGAGCCGUCCCCGGCCGGAGGAAAAAUUUCGACCUCCUCCUGGCCGAACACAAGGGACGGGCGAAGGAGAAGGAGGGAGCAAAGGAGAAGGAGAAAGACAGGGACGGACCGCAAGGAGGGAAGGAAGGCUGCAGCCAGAGUAUCGCGUCACAAGAGAGUCCCAGCAAGCCUCACUGCCCCAACGGACGACCCCUGUCCACGCUGAAGCUCCGGCUGGCAAAUGCGCACAUACCCAGGGUUCCGGGCGGCUCCACCACCUCCACCUCUGGUCCUUUGCCCCCAGCACCAGUCCCUGGCAUGGCCCCUAACCCAGAAUUGUCCCCUCACAGCUGGGUGACGGCAGCGGGAGACGGCGGUCAGCUUUCCAGUGACGAGGGCGACGCGGAGACACCAGAGGACACUGACAGACCUGCCUUUCACUACUCCAGUCACCACCCACAACCUUUAGGGUUUUGCGUAUUCAGCAGCAGGCUCAUGGGACGGGGCCACUAUGUGUUCGACAGGCGAUGGGACAGGAUGAGGCUCGCGCUCCAGAGCAUGGUGGAGAAACACCUCAACGCACAGAUGUGGAGGAAGGUGCCUCUGGCUGCUGAGAGCCUCCUCUCCCUCUCCUCCUCCUCUGGUACAUCCCCCAUCGCUUCGCAGCAGACUCCUUCUCCCACCUCUGUCACCUCUCCUCUCCUCACCUCCCCCUCCAACUCCCUCUCCUACACCGCCACCUUCCCUCAGUCCACGUCCACGGCCGGGGUGUUUAGCAUCCGAGACGCCCCGCACACCCCCACCCCCAUUUCCGCACCGGGGAAAGCCCGUAACGGCACUCAUAAAGCCAGCCGCUCAUCCAAAGACACAGAGGACUCAGUAGCAAGAUCUAAGAAGAGAAAAAACUCUUCCUAUUUUUCCUCCUCCCUUUCUUCUCCUUCUUCCUUGUUUUCAACUGUGGAUAAUCACAAGAGGAACGGCAGCAGCUAUCAUCCAACAUUACAAGGUUCAGGGGGGACAGCUGCCUCUCCAGCCAGGAAAAAGGGACUUGGGCGUGGGGGAAGCGGGCUUUGGCGCAGCGGAGAUGACUGGCUAUCUAGAUCUGAUGGGUCUCAAAGCCACAACUCACAGAGCAGUCGUGAUCUUGGCACCACCAGUAUACCCUACUCGCCCUCCAGAGAGCCUGCCUCCACGCCUCAUCAGCCGCUGGCUCCCCCCUCUGGACCCCUGGCUUAUGGAGGAGGAGGAGGAGAGGGGAGGAAGAGGAGGAGUCCCAGCUCUUACAGAGGGAAGGCCAGCAAGCUGAGCAGGCCGGGCGGACUGGAGAGCCUCUUUGGGAAAGGAAACGACAUUGCAGGAUUACUGGCUUCGGGGCCCGAGUCCCCGAGACAGGCCAAGUUGCAUCACUGACAGGAACCUGUUUCAUGGACAGAAUGUUGGGCAGCUGUGCAGGCCACCACCGUUUGUGACCUUUGACCUCACCACUCUUCCACUGACAGCACCAAUCAGACUGCUUCAUCUCGGCGAUGUCACCCCUGUUUACCCAAUGACAGCUGAGUUCACCCGCUGUGAUAUCGGGGCCUCUGGAGUCUUUGCUUGCAGUUGAGCCGGCGGUUACUUCCACUCUCCAUCUCUUAUUCAUGGAUCGUUUUUGACAGAAAGCUGCCGUGCACCACUGCGGCCGUUGUCUUUUCAGAACAAGACGGUGGAAUCCAAAAACUUAUCCUCUGAAAAGGGAAUUUGCCUCACAAAGUUUUCAAGCCGUUGUUAAUAAUACCACCACUGUACAAUUUUGGGGGAGACAUUUAUUUUUAAAAACAGUCAGAGUUUAUUUCCUGCUUGUUCUGACCGUGUUCCUGGUUGCUGUGUUCGGUCAGCGGACAAGGAAAGAGGUCUGUGAUUGUUUUUGAGAGUUGAAGGACCUACUGACACGAUUACUGUAGGACUCAAACUUCAGCUAUGCCACCUCAACCGCCCCCUCCUCCAACACCUCAUCCCCCCCCCAUAUCUGUCUUCAGCUUUUCCUCCUCCUCAAAGAUGGAGGAGACAAGAGCAGUUUUAGUUGGGUUUUAUCCGGCACUUUCUUCUUUCAACCUUUUCCUUUUUCUUUAUUUCUCUCCAUCUUUCUUCACUACUAUUCAUGUGGAGCAACUAAAAUUCUCUUUUUUUUUUUUUUUUUUUACCUUUCUGCCCCUUAUUCCCUGUCCAUCCCAGCAUGCCCGUGUUCAAAGUGCUCUUACUGCCCUCGCUUUCCUCUUUGCUGACUCCAGAGCAGUCUCCAGCAGUGCCACACAAGGACCUGUUCACACAAGGGAAGAAAAAAUAAAACGUCUGUGUUACCAACGACGCUGUGUCAAUGCAUUGUAAUUUCAAUAUAGGAAGAAAUCUGAUUUUAUUUGAAGUUUUUUUUUUUUUUUUUUUCUCAUUCUGGUUCAAACAUUGCAAGAAACACAAACUCCUGUCUGUGUGUCAGGACUUGCGCCCAAAAAGGAAUUAUUACUACGGUGUUGGAUUUUAUUUUUUUUUUAUGUAUAAUAAUUUAUGUUCUUAAAUGAUGUUUGUUUUCUAACUGACCAUUGAGGUUUGAGCUACAGAGACAUUUUGAGCAAAAAAUUAUUUCUAUGGCAUUUUGAAGAAAUGUUGAAAGUAUUAUGAUAGUUCAUAUUGUUGAAAAUGUGUACAUAUCUGUUAUUAUUUUUGUAUUUAUUAAUAAUUGUCCCCUUUUACUAAAUCUGAGCUAAACGAGGGACUGUUUCUGCCCUCCUCCCUUGGUUGUUUUGUUUAAUAAUACUGAUGAGAGUGGUCUGGUUUCUCAAAACCUUCAGGAAUUUGUUCAUUAGAAAGUUUUGAAAUGAAUGCUAAUUAACACUCACACACAGCACAUAUAUGAACUUUGACUGUGACUUCGGUCAAAGUUAUUUCCAUUUUCCCUGUGUUGCCAGGUAACAACACGCUGUGGCCAGCUCUACAAAAUAUUUUAUUCAGCCAAGAUCUAAUAACCAAGUCUGGUUAUUUCUAGUUAAUUACGUGGUCUGACAAGAAAAGUCUUAACUCAAGGUCCACUCAAGGAGCUCUCAUCCCCGCCUCACAUGCUGUGACCCAAAUCCAUUCUAAUUGGAUACAUUAUAUACUAUUAACUAAUCAUUGUAGUAUACUGUUGUUUUUUUUGCUGAGUAUACAAGAAAUCAGCAUAUUUAAGUGUUCUAUACUAAUUAUACAUCCAAUUGGUCCUUUGAAAAGUCACAGCCGUUUAGACUUCCCAAAGAAAAAGGAAAAUGUUUUUUCCAAAGAUUAAAUACUAAAUUUUUCUAAAGUUUUCUGGAGCUGUGUCGCCACUGCCUGCAAUUUAUUUACAUUUUUGCAGCUGUGAGCACCUCCUCCUCAUUUUCCCGUGUGCGUUGCAUUUUCAUUCAGAUCUGCGAAUGUGAAAUACGGCUGCGCCAGGUAUCAAAGUAGCCCAUGUGUGGUCUCUUCAGUCCUGUUCCUGGUCAGCCUAAAAAGCUGUUUUGUCAGCUCUGGUCCCCCACAGUCACUGUUAGAGUCCAGAAUGUCAGUGGACAUUCAGGCUUCCAUGCUAGUAUUGCUUCUUCUCAUUUCUAGUGGAUGCCACCCCCCAGUACACAGUGUGUGUCUGAUCAACACUAAUGAAGAAAGGUUGGUUUUGUGAAACGAGGCAGUGGUUAGUAUUGUCAUUUAAAGGGCCCCACAUUCCUGUUUGCCUGUGGUUCUACCCCUUUUCAUACUUCCAAUGUUCAAAACUAUGUUUUUAAACUGUCUUUAUCUUCAAAGGCCGAUUGGUGGGAUCGUCUAACAGCUCUUAGAUCAGUUUAGUGAUACCGGCUUGGUGGUUUUUAUUUUACUGUAGAUACACAUGGUUUAUCUGGGUACUCAUAGUGUACAGUUAACAUGCCUACAAUUACAAUAGUAACAUAUAUUUUCUUUUUCACAAUUGUCCAUUUUGCAGCCUGCUACCACCUGCCGUGCUUUCACAUGUUAAAAUCAACAAACUUACUAUAAAAGACCAACAGAUACACUAGUAUGUAGAUGGUUCAUAUUGCUUUACCAGCUUAAAAAUCACAGUGUGGUUGGAAAGUUUGAUUUUUCCAGCUCAGCAUCUUCUCGCAUGUAUCUACAGAUCAAAGAUGACGAUCUUAGCGCUAAGAUGUUUUUUGGGAAAAGAAAUGAGAAGUUACACUUUGUUGCAGCUAAAAUUAUGACGAAGCUCAUGGAUGUUGAUUUCAGAGCAGUUGUAUUUUGUCUUUGCUGUUAAAUUCUGUGGAAGUUUUUUUUUUUUUUAAACCCUCCCUGUUCCUUUUUUUGCACUUUGUCAUAAAGCCCAGAUCUUUAAUCAGUUUCUAUUUAUAUAAAUAUUUGAGAUAUAAAAAAAAUAUAUAUCUAUAUAUUUGUAAAUGUGUUUCUGGCAACUACAGCAAAAGAAGAUGAAGAGUAUAUUCUUGGUGAGUUGGCCCCUGAACCAGCGCACUGUUGUUUGAUUUUUUUUUUUUUUUUUGUAUUUCAUCCAAACUGUGGUGAAUGUUGAAUGUCUGAAUGCCUUGUAAGAUUUGGGGUUUAUUCAGUCUCACUGCAGCUGGAUCAGAAAAUGGAUUUCCCAUCAAAACAAUUUAACACUUGCUGUAAAAAAAAAUGGUCUUAUAUCCAAGCUUUUAUUAAAUGAUUUAAAGUGGAUGUUGUGUUAUUUGUAAAUCAAAGAUACAACUGCAGAUGAAUGUUUGUUUUGUAGAUUUUACUUGUCAUUCUUGCAACUAUCUGUUGAACGUUACUUUGUCUGAGCAACCCGUCAUCACUGUGUGACAUGAUAUUUUUGUAUUGCUGGACAAGAGGAAAAAAAAGAGCUUCCAUGGUUGUCAUUUUGUAUAUAUAUUUUGUAAUGUGUAACAUUUUGUCACAUUUCUAUGCUUAAAUUUUACCGUACGCAAUGUAAUUACUAUUCAGUGUGUUCAUUACUGAAAACACUGAACUGUGCUGAGUCCUGUGUGCCUCCAAGCCAAAA